AUGGCGAUGAACGCAGAAACAUUUUACGGCAAAAGGAAAAGGGAGAAACCCAUCUUCGAAGUAAACAUAGAAAAAUACGGCAUCCUGAAAAGGCUAAGACGAUUCGAUCAGUCUAUUUCGCAGGGUGUAAAGAAAAGAUGGUUCUACAAACAGCACGAGGCCCUUUCGCAUUACGCCCAGCUAGUUGAGGUAGAUUUAGAAGCGAAAGCAGAUACUGAUGUGGAGACGGGCAGGGGGGCGCCCCGAAGUCGGACCGCCUGCUCCCGCAACGGACAGGGGAUAAUUAUAUACACGGAAGAGAUAGAAAACGGCAAGAGAUGCUUCGUACUGGACAGUCUGUACCGCUUCCUGCAAUUUUACUGCCUCUAUGCGUUGUCGUUGGAAGACAUAUACUUCGAUGAUGGCGGGGCGAAGGACGGGAAAGCACACAAAUUGUCCUUAUGCAAAUCAGCGCCAUGCGGAUCCCCGCCAAACGAACCCCUCACAGGUGAUCCCCCACCAAAUGACCAACCGAUGCACCUCUACGAACUCAUCCUGGCGAAUGAAAAGCGAUGGCUCUUCUUCGACCUGGAGUGCGACGUGCUAAACGGACUCCAAAAUAAGGACUGUCUGCUGUUCAUAUUCCUCAUCGAGUUAUGCCUAUUCGUAUACACCAACUUCGAUGUAAAAAUCUGCCUAAACGAUGCAAUCAUUUUAGAUAGCUCCACUAGCGAAAAAAUAUCUUUCCAUGUAAUUGUAAAAAAUAUUCAUUUCCUCCCCGAUGAGGAGGACUAUUACGAAUAUUUAAAAGAUUAUUGUCACUUUUUUCAAAAUCGCCUGAACAAGUCAGAUGAUUUUUUUUACGACAAGUACAAGAAAAGGCAAACUAAGUUUAGUGGAAAAAUGCACCAGAAAAAGCUUCUCCUUUUUGACAAUGAAAAUUCCAUAAAAUAUUUUGUCGACCUGUUUAUAAAUCACAUCGCGCGAGCCAUACAGGAUAGUGAAAACGCUUGCGUCAUUAAUUUGUCCACUGUUUAUAUAGGGCGUCAGAAGGGAUGUGCUCUUCCCAGUGAAGACAGCGCCAAUCUGUGUUCCCUUGGCCGUACGAAAGUGGAAGACCGGACAAACGAUACCCACGAGGGAAGCAUCACUGGAGGAGGCGCAGCAAAUGACACCACCCGUUGUAACUUCAAGGAGAGAUGCUCCAAUUUGUCUGCGCCAGAACGGGAUCAUCAUGCGGGCGAUUUUGCCAAUCCUCACUCGCACAACGAACCGAGAGAAAAACUCGUUGAGGAGAAAACCCCACUUGACAUGAUAAACGACUUCAGCGAGAUACACGAUUUUGUGAUGGCCAUCAGUGGGGGGGAAAUUCCUCGAGAUGAUAGCAAAUGCGUCAUUGGAAGGAUAAUUCCCAGCUGUCAGAGUAUAUCCCUUUGUGCAGGGGCACCAAACAAGGAAGGAAACAAACCCAGGGAUAUAAAAGAAAAAAGAAAAAAUGGCUCGUACUUCUCCAUGUACACUAAAUCACUGAACGAUAUAGUGCAAAUUUAUAUUAACAAAUUGGAAAAUGCAAAAGGAGACAAUUGUUUUGACAGAUCAGAUGAUAAUUUCCUCAUUCUGCUAUUUGCAAUGAAGAGAGACGAGAGUGUGGACAAACCGGUUGAGGAGAGCGUCCCCCCUAUAGACAACAGAAAAGAGGAGCCAAGUGCCCAGAAGGACAUUCCACCGGUAGAGGACACUGAGUACACCUCCCCGGGUGAAGAGGGAAACCUUCAGGGCGAUCUCCAAAAUGAGGAAAAACUUUUUCAAAUGCAGAGAAGAACAAAUGACCACCACGAGAUGCUACUGCUCAAAUGCAUUGUGGACAACUCUGUGUAUAGCAGGAACAGGAACUUCCGCAUGAUAUUUUCGAGCAAAAAGAAAAAAAAAAAUAACAGAAAAUUGAUGCUUAGCAGGUAUAAUGUUAAGAGAUAUAGCAAAGCGAACGUGGACAGCCUCAUAUUAAAAAGUCUGGUCACCUUUUAUCAGGACAGUGAUGCCAGUUGUCAAAUAGGGGAGAACGUAAUUUUUCAGACGGACGACAUGAAGAAGUUUGGGCAGUCCGAUGGGCAGCCGCUAGGAUCGCUGCACAGAUUCACGUGCGUCUGUCCCCAUUUCGCUUCUUCCCGCUUCAGCAUUGGCAGCGCGAGAAGGUCACGGAAUGGAGCAACGCCCGUCAUCAAAGAGCUGUCCGUACACAGAAGAAUCCAACUGCACGACAUUAAUCAUGCCCACGUGCACACCAUUUUGAGAAUUAUUUUCUUCUGGAAUUUUGAAUUAUAUAAAAAUUUUAAAAAAAAUAAAAUAUAUGUGAACAAAUUUCAAGGAGAAAUUAGCAAGGAAUAUUUUUACAGAAUUGUUUCCAUCCAUAAUAAGCUACAGUACGACCUGUACAGGCAUGGCCCGAGCGAGGGGGAAGUCGUCCCAUCGGAGGAGUAUUCUGGCCUGGGAAAGGCAUCCACGGAGGAAGUAGACAAAAAAAGCGACACAUCAAGGGAGAUGCGAAAGAACGAUCAUGUGUCCCCCCUGCGAAAAGGCAUAAUGACAUCACAAUUUUGCGAAAACUUAGACACAUAUGAUGAUUUGUUUUUAAAAAAUGCCAACUUCUAUUCGUAUGUCUUGGAUGAAUAUACAAAAUGCACACAGAUAGGAAAAGAAAAAAAUGACUCCCUCCUCUUGCUCAUAAAAUAUUUUCUAUAUUCCAUCACAUACAACGCGGAGGAGUACAUUCUCCAUUUCAGGGAAAACAAAUUCUGUAAAAAUAAGAGCCGUGCACACAAAUCGAAUCACAUAUACGUCGUUUUUAACCAUCUCAAAAAUCUGUUCGUGCAGAAAUGCCACGACAGUGACUGCUCCCACUUCGUUUCGGAGAUUUAUUACCUAUAG